AGACCCGUAAUCGGUUACCAAUUCCACUCGCAAAUUUUACUGAGCACGUAAAAAAACUGAGAAGAAAAAACAUGGAGGAAUUGAGGCUCGAAUUUGAGGACUUACCAAAUGGUCAGAAAUGCAACUGGGUUAUUGCCAAAAGUCCUAUGAAUUCUGCCAAAAAUCGAUAUGGAAACGCAGUCACGUACGACCAUUCUCGUGUGAUACUCUCUGGUGAUGAAAAAUCUGACUAUAUCAACGCUUCUUUUGUCGACGGGAAAUGUGAGAAGUACUACAUUGCGACCCAAGGUCCCAAACCUAAAACUGUAAACGAUUUCUGGAGGAUGAUUUUUGAGCAAAAGUGUCCAACAAUUGUAAUGUUGACGACUUUGAAAGAAAUGGGAAAAAACGGCGAACAUCACGAAGUCGAGCAGUUUCACUACAAAUCAUGGCCAGACUAUGGAGUACCUCGUUAUCGAACACAACUCUUGACAUUCAGGAACUAUUUCAAGCUAUCGCACAAGACGAAAUCCGGUCCUGUCGUCGUUCACUGUAGUGCUGGUGUUGGUCGUACUGGAGUAUUUAUUGCGUUGGAUAAGAUCCUUGAUGAUCUUGAUGAUGAAUAUGAAACAAACAUUGAUGUAUUUGGCUUUGUGGAAGAGAUGAGAUCGCGGCGCAUAAACAUGGUUCAGACAUCGGAUCAAUACAUGUUCAUUCAUGACGCCAUUAUCGAUCACAUCCAAUGUGGAGCGAAUGAAGUUGCUGCUGUUCAUAUCAAGAUCGAGAUUGCACAGCUCUCUAAGAAAAGUAGGAACGGAAAAACUGGAUUUGAAGAAAAAUUUGAGCGUUUACAAUCAAUCACACCAGAACAUCCUGAAGAACUUUGUGAGGCAGCACUUUCGGAUGAGAACAAGAAGAAAAAUCGUUAUCCUAGAAUAUAUCCAAAAACUAAUCGUCCUAUUCUUCGGCGUGUUGAAAACUUAGAAACUUCCGAUUACAUAAACGCAUGUCUUGUUGAUAUGCCUUUGAAGGUAACCAUCAACGACUUUUGGAGGAUGGUCACUCCAUAUAAAUGUACGACCAUCGUUUUGCUGGAUCAGCUAACUGAUGAUAACAAGGAAUAUCCAAUGUUUUGGCCCACGAAGAGAGCAACAAGUCGACCUUAUGGAACAUGUACUGUUUUGUUUGAUUCAGUCGUAAAGAAAGAAGACAUUGUUGUCAGAAAGCUCAUUGCCUCUCCAACUUUGGACAUCAAAGAAGGUCAUAUGGUUCAUAUAAUUCAGUAUUUAUCAUGGCCAAAUCAUGGCGUACCUAAAGAUGUUCGCAGUUUGUUGCAUGUCCUUUCAGAAGUCGAAGAAGCCCAAAGAUCCGUGGAGGUUGAAGGACCUGUUGUUGUUGUCUGCAGUGAUGGAGCAGGUAGAUCAGGUACCUAUAUCACCAUUUCUAAUCUUGUGGAUCGAGUUAAAAUCGUCCAAGUCAUCGAUGUGUUUCAGUGCAUAAAGUUGAUCCGAAGUAGACGCCCACAGUUUGUUGAGACAGCGGAGCAAUUCAAAUUUUGUUACAGUGCAGUGUCAGGCGUGUUGGAGUCCUUUGACGAGUAUUCAAAUUUCACAGAAUUAGCAACGAUUUGAGAACGUUAAACUUUAGUUUAUACUCGUAGUUAAAUGUCGGUAUGUAAUAUCUAUAGUGGUAUGUAAUAGAUGAGUCAAUUAGAUUUCCUCAAUGUUGCUUUGUUAACCUAGAGCGAAAACCAUUCGUACAAAUAAUGUAUUAACUAGUGAUUGUAGAAAAUAUGAUUUAAUUUUAAGUAUUUUAUAAGUUUUUAACUACAACGUAUACGACGAGGCUUUAUUGUAUGCGGUGGAAGAUCCACGAAAAAGAAAUAAUUGUAUGUAUUUUAAAAACAGCGGUAUGAUAUCGUCUUAACGACAACGACUUCUUUACACUGAAUUUAUGUGAUUAUUUUGAACUUUUUUACGACC